CGGGUCUUUUUCGCUCCGUACGCCUGCCCCAAUCUCUCUCGUAAUAUUUUCUUUUUUUCGUUCUCAAUUAUUGUCCAAAUUACGAUACACCAAACAAAACCAAGACCACGAAACUCACAACACAGCCCCACGGCACAUCCUCAACCACAACCCUCUUCUUCUUCCCCAAACCCAUUCUCAUAAUCUAUAUAACCAGCCCUCAUCUCCUCACCACACCCUCACAACCACAAACCUUACCAACUUGCCCCCUCCCAAGAACUUCUUCUUCAAGUUUUCAUCUGGGUUUUUCGAUUGAACCCAACAACUAAGCCAUCUUGUUGCAGAAAGAGGAAGGCGAGGAAGGCGAAGAAGGUGUUUGAUAAGUUUUUCUCUUCGGGGGUAAAACCCAGGUUCGACGAGUUGUAUACAUCACGGCUAUACACGGAGUUCCUCGGCCGCUCAUUCAUGUCCGGACUGUCCGACGAAAGGGUUGUGUAGUUGAGAGCAACCCUUCGCCGCACGGCGGGCGUGGUGCUUUGCCUUCCGAAGGCGGUAGCCCCUCCGACCUUCUCUUUCUUGCUGGUGGUGGUUCUGCUUCCUCUCUUUUUUCCUUCUGCGUUUAUUAGCUCUAGUUUCUGUUUAGAUUUUUAGAGAUUUUUUCCUCUUCUUCUUCUAUAAAGCACGAGUAGAUCGUAUUGUUGUUGUUGUGGGGGGUUUAAGGUUGGUGGUGUUUGAUUUUUACUGAGAAACAAAGAACAAAACGAAAAAGGAAAAAAAAGAGAGAGAGGAAUGAUGUUGAGGAUCAAGAGGGUUCCCACUGUAGUUUCGAAUUACCAGAAAGAUGAGGCGGAAGAGGGUGCUCGCCGCGUUGGGGGUUGUGGCCGCAACUGUCUUAAUCAAUGUUGCAUUCCAGGGGCAAAGCUUCCGUUGUAUGCUUUCAAGAAGCUGAACAAGAUUGAUGGUGACAAGGAGUUGCCCGGAAGUGAGAAAAGAGAGCCUCCCGUUGCCUUUCUUGACUCACUGCUUCUUGGGGAGUGGGAGGAUCGCAUGCAGAGAGGGCUGUUUCGUUAUGACGUCACUGCCUGUGAAACCAAGGUGAUCCCGGGGCAGUUUGGUUUCAUAGCCCAGCUGAAUGAGGGUCGCCACUUGAAGAAGAGACCAACUGAGUUCCGAGUUGAUAAGGUCCUCCAGCCCUUUGAUGGCAACAAGUUUAACUUCACCAAAGUUGGGCAAGAGGAGGUCCUCUUCCAGUUUGAAGCAAGCGAAGAUGGUGAAGUUCAGUUUAUCCCUAGUGCGCCCAUUGAGCCUGAAAAUUCGCCCAGUGUUGUUGCCAUCAAUGUCAGUCCAAUUGAAUAUGGACAUGUGCUGUUGAUUCCUCGUAUUCUGGAGCACUUGCCACAAAGGAUUGACCAUGAAAGCUUCUUGCUUGCACUUCACAUGGCGGCAGAAGCAGGGAAUCCCUACUUUCGAUUGGGUUACAACAGCUUGGGUGCAUUUGCUACCAUCAAUCACCUUCACUUCCAGGCUUACUACUUGGCUGUAACCUUUCCCAUUGAGAAGGCUCCUACCAAGAAAAUCACCGUGUCAGAUGCUGGGGUGAAGGUCUCUGAGCUUCUGAACUAUCCUGUCAGAGGUCUUGUCUUCGAGGGUGGAAAUACUCUGCAAGAUUUGUCAAACACUGUCUCUGAUGCCUGCAUAUGCCUUCAAGAGAACAACAUACCUUACAAUGUCCUUAUCUCUGACUCUGGAAAGCGGAUCUUUCUCCUGCCACAGUGUUAUGCUGAGAAACAAGCUCUUGGGGAAGUGAGAGCAGAGCUCCUGGAUACUCAGGUGAAUCCAGCUGUGUGGGAAAUUAGUGGGCAUAUGGUGUUAAAGAGGAAAAAGGACUAUGAAGAGGCGUCUGAUGAAAAUGCCUGGAAGCUCCUUGCAGAGGUCUCCCUUUCAGAAGAGAGGUUCCAAGAAGUGAAUGCUCUUAUUUUUGAGGCCAUUGCUUCUGGUGAUAAUGGGAAUGCAAAUUUACUCGAGGAUCCGGAAGUUAAGCCUCGUUCUCAUGAAGAAGUCGACGUCAUUAACACAAGCUCCCAUGCUGCUAUGGUGACUGGGACACAACAAUGCCUUGUUCUGCAGUAAUGAGCAGAUUCAUGGUGUUUUUCAUGUGAAUCUAGUAUUGCAGUUUGCCAUUUGGGUUUAUGUCUGUACCUUAUUGGAUGCUAUUCGAUGCCUAAAUAAGCAAAACUGGUUUUGCAUAGUCAGCUUUAUUGUUGCAGUUUGUGUAUGCUGCAGAACAACUUUGAUCUAUUUGUGUAGGGUGCUUUAUGGCUAAUGUAAAAUACUAUGUAGUGAUUAUUGUUGUGGAUGAAUAAAUGUUAUGCUUUGUAAAA